CACAGAUCUCCACCAUCGUCGAUCCACCGCCAUUUCCACAGCUAUCACCGUUCAGUUUCAGGGAUUGAGGUGUAUUUGUUUAAUUAAGUGAUUAAGCAAGAAUGCAACACGUUCCGGCUACAAUUGAGGAACAGCUGAUAUUGAAAGCAAUCAGGGAAGAAUGCCCGUGGGAGAGUCUUCCAAAGCGGCUUCAAGCCACUUUGAAUUCUAAAGAAGAAUGGCACAGAAGGAUAAUCGAGCACUGCAUAAAGAAAAGACUCCAAUGGAACAAUUGUUUUGGUCGCAAAGUAUGCAAAGAAGGUGAAUAUUAUGAAGAUAUGAUGCGUUACUUGCGAAAGAAUCUAGCGUUGUUUCCUUAUCACCUGGCGGAGUAUGUUUGCCGUGUAAUGAGGGUGUCUCCUUUCAGAUACUAUUGCGAUAUGAUAUUCGAAGUCAUGAAAAAUGGUACUAGGUUGUUAUCUUAAAUAUCUUGAUGUGAUUUUGCUUAAUGAUGCAG